CUGACAGUGGAUGUCAGCGCCAUCUUCUAACGGCAAUAGCGAUAGCGAGGGCGGCUCCUCACACCUAAAGACAUCGGAUAUGUAGAUGCCUAAAAAAGAAAAGGUAGCUAUUCAGAGUCAUCAAAUAAGAAGAAUCUGACUUAUGGUACCAAUAUCUAUUCAGGUCUCGUGUUUCAUAUUGAUGGCUGAUUCAGAGGACACUUCUGUUUGCCAGAGAAAAGCUUACGACUUCCUAUAAACAAAAUGGAGGAAAGUUACAGAAGUGUUUCAUACUGAUGGCUGACUCCAGGGUCCCUUCACCUUGCCACAGACAAGCUUACCACAUCCCAUAAGAAAAAUGGAGGAAAGGAACACUAUUGGAGAUUUUCUAAGCAAGAAUUCAAGUGUUUCAACCUGGGAGACUCCUAUCACAGCACCAAAUGGAAACAUCUAUACACAUUAUAACUAUUGUGACAUCAUGUUCCAAGUCAUGUUUUUCCUCUGCUUCAUGGUUAUCUUGUUGGGAAUGGCAGCAAAUGCCACAGUCCUAUGGUUUCUGGGCUUCCACAUGCACAGGAAGGCCUUCUCUGUCUAUAUGCUCAACCUGGCUAUGGCUGACUUCCUCUUCCUGUGCUUUGAGUUUGUGUUUUGUCUUCUUGUUUUCAUUGAUACCUUCUAUGCCAUUACCAUCCAUAUUGCUUUGUUUUCUAUUGUUUUGUUAAAGUUUGCUUAUUUUUGUGGGCUGAGCAUUCUCAGUGCCAUUAGCAUUGAACGCUGCCUGUCCGUCAUGUGGCCCAUCUGGUAUCGCUGCCAACGCCCAAGGCACACAUCAGCUGUCAUGUGUGCCUUGCUUUGGGCUCUGUCUCUGCUGUUGACUGUCCUGGAUAUGAUGGCACGUGGUGUACUGUUUAAUAGUUUUGACAUGUUUUGGUGUCAGACAUUUGAUUUCAUCAUUGCCUCAUGGUCAAUUGCUUUAUUUGUGGUUCUCUGUGGGUCCAACCUUACCCUGCUGGUGAGGAUCUUCUGUGGCUCACAUCGGAUUCCUGUGACCAGGCUGUAUGUGACCCUUGCACUCACUGUGCUGUUCUUCCUGAUCUUUGGUCUUCCCUUGGGGAUCUACUGUCACCUCUACAGAUGGAUUGGGGAUUUAUAUUAUGUUCAAAUUUGCGAUGUUUAUGUGAUACUAUUCCUAUCCUGCGUUAACAGCAGUGCCAACCCCAUCAUUUACUUCUUUGUUGGCUCCAUCAGACACCGCAGGUUCCAGCGGAAGACUCUGAAGCUGUUUCUGCAGAGAGCCCUGCAGGAUACUCCAGAGGAGGAGGAAGAUGGGGAGAGGGGUUCUUCAGGAGAGCUGCAAGAACUGGAAACUGUGUAGCACACCAGCUGGGAGAUGCUGUGAUCAAAGAGAAAAACUUUUUUUUUGUUUUUUUGUUUUUUUGUUUUUUUUUUAAUCAUUUUUUAUUUUACUUUUAAAUAGCUUGUUUUACAUGAGAAAAACUUUUGAGAGAGAAAAUUUCCUUAUGUGUGGACUAUCUUCUCAACAUUUUUGGGUUUGUCACCUGACCUCAAUCAGUUGAAACAAUCAUUUUUGUGAAUGUUGAGUGACACAGAGUGUUUUCUACAAACACUGACUGCAGCAUUUCUGGAGCUGUCUUACUCAGGGCUUAAUCACCUCCUUUUGAUAGUGUUCCUUGUAAGUGCUCUGGGGCCAAGGACUGCUCCUACUCUUCUAAACCCUCCAUCAUCAGAAGAUGAAAGAAAGUGCAGGAAAGGGUUGAAUGACUUUAGUCACAAAAUUUAUAGUGGUUAAAUGAAUUUUAUGGUUUGCAAAACUUCCUCUUUGAAAUACAUUUUUUCUUCAGGGUUUCAAGAGUUAAAUAGAUAUAACUUAUAAUCCCAGUUCUUAAUAGUUUCUACAGGUGAAGAAUUUAUGGAGCUACAGUCUUUCUUACACAUAUUGUUUAGUAAACAGAUAUACAUUCUCAAGAGUUAUCUGUGUUAAAUCUCUUAUGGCCUGGUGGAGUCCUUACUUUCAUGUUUACUGUGUCUGCCAUUUUGUGAAUCAAAAGAGUCUGGUCAGGUUUUGUAAUGAGAUCCAUCAACAUCCAUGUGGUUGCCUUCAGAGUGCUUUGCUUACCUUUCCAUAGUCAUUUGUCUUCCUCUAUUAUCUUUGCCAUGCUUCCCCUCUCUCUGUCUAGUCCCUUAAGACUAAUUUCCAAUGAGGCUCUUUAGAUUAUGUUCCUUUGAAACCAAUGCAGUUUCAAAUUCAUGCUAUUCCCUGAAGCCCACAGCAUUUACUUCUUGAACUACGCUUAUUUUAGUAACGUGUUCUAUAAAAAAGAAUUUCAAUUUUAAAGCUGAAGUAUGUGAUAUUGUCAACUGAAGUAGAAUUAAGACAGCAUAAUAUGACAUCAAAGGGAACAAAUCAACAAAUUUUCUUCAGUGUGUGAGGCUACAGCCAUGGAAGCAAUCAAGACACAGAACUGUCUCUUGCCUUUGGGCAUUGACAUUUUCUCUUCAGUCAUAACUCUGCCUCUGAGGUCAGCACUGCCCAUAUUUCUGUUCUGAACUAAAAUUUAGAGUACAAAUUGGAAGACUGUAACCUGAAGAUUGGUUUACAUGUGAUGAAAUGAUUGCCACAGUUGAACAAACUAAUAUAUAUAUAUAUAUAUAUAUCAUCUCAUAUAAAUAUUCAAUUUUUUUCCUCUUGGCAAAAACUUCAUAUUUAGCAAAAUUUCUUAAUGCAACAAGCUGUUAUUUGAUGGGGGAAGUCCUGUGUAUAUGCCAAUAAAGCACUGUUGGCCAAUAGGGAACAAAGAUAGGUGGGACUAGGAGUCCAGGAGGACACUGGGAAGG